UGAGUUAUGGCGCAGAAGGCAGAAGCAUAUCUGCUGCCUGUAAUAUGUUUGUGAUGAUCAGUCAGUUGUCGUUCUCCAAACUUCAUUACAGAGAAGAUCCAAGCAGACAAACAAAAAGUGGAUCGGUUGGGUUUCUUCAUAUGUCUUUGUUCCUUGCAAACAUGGGUAAUAUAUAUGAAUGCAUGCCAUCAUUUGCCUACAACGUCACGUAGCCAUAUUAUUAUUAUGAAUAGUUUAUACAUAUAGCUCAUGUUACUCUUCUUGCCUAGCAGGAUCAAACCUAACAUGUCAAUGUUGGCCACUGAAAAACUAAAAAUGAUAACCCCCAAAAUUUGGCCACGAGAGAAGAACGUUCAGCCCAGGCCACUGAAAGGGCUCCAGCCCAUGGGCCUUGUCCAGCUCCCCCUGUCCCGAAACACUUCCCCAUCCCAAUUCCAUGAAGUAUGGGCUACUUUGUUACUUUCCCUACCUCAACAAUGAACCAUCUUUUAACAGGCCCAAUCGGCCCAUUACCUUCCGACAAACGUUGCCCUUCUCCUGAAACCAAGAGACUGCGUGUUUUUCAUGGAGUUUUUUUUCUUCUUCUUGAACAAAACAUAAAAUGUAGUUAACUAAAGGAAAAACGAGUGCUUCUGUAUUAAAAUAGUCAACAAAAUCCGUCUCCCCCACGAGAUCAUCAAAAUCCUUCUAGACUCCCCACGAGAUCACCUCCCUCACUUGCCCGCCAUAAAUGAAGCUCCAUCCCUCUCCUCCUCCAUUCCUGCCACACUUCAAGCUUCUCCCAGAUCUGGAAUCGAAGAAGGAAACAAAAAAAGGACAGUGCAGAAUACAGUUCAGAUCGAUUCAGCACGGGCGAAAGUUAAUCAGGCGAGCCUUUUUCAGUGUUUGAUAAAGCUUGGACCUUUUGCACAGAAGAAAACAAAAAUCCACCCAGCCAGCCAGGUAAUUUUGUCCUACUGCUUCCACGCUUCCCGCCCUUUUGCUCUGUCUCAUCUGGUUGCUUGCUUGCUUGUUUUCGUCUGAGGAAAGAUGCUGCAAGUUGCAGAGAAUAAUUCACUUUGACCACUGUAGAAACACACGGACCUGGGUUCGUUCUUUCUGAAUUUUUUGUUGCUACCUUUUGGCUGUUUUCAUGGCGGAGUAGCGACCGAUGAGCAGGAGCAAUAGCAAGAGCAAGAUCUGUUUUUUCCCCUUCCGAUUAAGUUAUUAAUGGUAGUUAAGUAUCAUUAAUUAAUUAUUAAUUACCCACUAAAUAUAAUCUUUUAUUUUCUCUAUAUAUAACAGUUACAGGUCAGUACAGAGAUGGAUGCCCAAACCUUAAAUCACUCCAAGGCUCCAAAUUCACCUUCCCCUUCUGCUUCCCCUUCCCCUCUCAUCCCCAAUUCCACCAGAAGAAGCGGCAGCAGCAGCAGAAUGACUCAGGGAGAUUCCAUGAACCCUUUCUCCACCACCGCCGCCGCCUCCUCCUCCUCCUCCGCCAAGAAGAAGCGGAAGCGGAGAAACGUCUGCCUGGCCUCCACCGCCGCCGCCGUCAUCCUCGUCGUCCUCAUCCUCCUCAUCCUAGCCCUCACCGUCUUCAAGGCCAAGAAGCCGUCCACCACCGUCAACAGCCUCGCCCUCGACGACCUCAGCGUCUCCUUCGACAUCGCCAGGCUCGCCGUCCGCCUCAAUCUGACCCUCGAUGUGGAUCUGGCGAUAAGAAACCCCAACCGGGUCGGUUUCCGAUACUCCAACAGCUCCGCCGCGCUCAAUUACAGAGGGGAGCAGGUAGGCGAGGUCCCCAUCCCGGCUGGACGCGUCGGCGCCGACUCCACCACGCCGAUGAACUUGACACUCACACUCAUGGCGGAUCGGCUCCUCUCCAACUCCCAGCUCUACUCCGACGUGAUCGCGGGGAGCCUCCGCCUCAACGCCUUCACCCGAAUCAAGGGCAAGGUUUCCAUCAUGAAGAUUUUCAAAAUCAGUGUCACUUCCACCACCAGCUGCGACAUCACGGUGUUCAUCUCCAACCGGACCGUCGGGGAUCAGACCUGCAACUACAAGACGAAAUUGUAGACAUGGGGGAAGGGAUACUGCAUCGGAUUUGAAUUUGGUGUUGGUUGAUUCAGAGGAUUGUUUUACUUUCCCACUUCUGCUUUUUAUUUGAUUCAGAUGAUUGUAGAUGUUCCAGGUAGAUGUAUACAUACAUACAGAGAGAAGAGAUUGGAGAUGUGUAAGAUUCGGGUGUAGACAUGAGAAUUGAUUAGAGAUUGGAAGGGGGAACAGUGAGUACUGAGUAGAGGGAUAGUACAGAAACAAAUUCGUGAGUGAGCCACUGCACUGAAUUCCCCCAUGUUUGUUCUUCUAACAAGAACUCCCUCCCUCCAUGUUUGUUUGGUUGUUUAGUGAGUGACUGUACUAUAGAGUUGAGAUAUUAAUAAUAUGCAGCCUGUCCAUUCAUCUGUUGUGCAGUUUCAUACUAAGCUUGUAUUGUUCAGCGGAACCAGUGGUACUACUGUUGUGUGCUAUGUAUAUGACAGCAGCAGUUUUGCACAGGGGUUUCUGUAGGCAGGCAGCAAUGGCGCCAGACACUGUUUCUAAGGCUUUGAUCUUACAAGAAAGCACAAGAAGUCGUAUUUUGACAACUUUGGGAGAAAAAGCCGAAGAAAGAUGGGAAACAAGCAAGAGAAGAAACGCGGCUAUAUUGACCAAUUCAUGCUCUCGUUGUUGGUGGUGAUUAGGUGGUGGUUACUGGUUAGGGAAGGGGAGAUGCUGAAUUUAUGGCUUCAUUCAUUAUGCACACAGACGAAGUGGGAGAUGGAGAUGGAGAUGGACUUGGAGAGCCAAAAGUCAGGAAGCAAAUAAAUGCAAAGUGCCUCUCAACCUCCAUCCACCGUCACGUCCAGAAGUGGAUAGUGACGGUGACCGUCGAUCCAGUUCAGUUACAACAAAUUAACUCAUUUUCCAGACUUGCUUGCUAGUUGCUACCAUGAUGUGGUGACACCCGUUCAUGCUGAAGCUUGAAGCCCCCGCCAGAAGAUCAAAUCGGUUGACGAUUUUAUACGAUUUAACCAUAAUUUAAGUGCAAAUUACUAUGUUAUUAACUUUUUUCUGUACAACUUCUCAUAGAUUUUUACCGCGGUUGAUUUUGAUACCGCCACCAUUCCACUCCCAGGGGCCUUGACCAGUUCCCCAAUCUACUCUAUCCCAAAGGCAGGCUUCCUCGUUGGGCCCAAAUGCAGCCCAAUUAACACCACCAAUAAUGAGUUUUGGCUUCAUAUUGUAUACACUACUACGACUCCACUAGAUUUCCCUGAACUAGGUUAGUUCUUUAAUGAAGUGAUACUAUCACCAUGCAUUAGUAUCCAAAAUCUUUUUUUAUUAUAAUAGAAAGCACUAACCAUUACCGAAAAUGGCAAACCGACAGUAUUAGAAUCCUAUGGAAUCACAUUACGGAUUCCACGGGUGGGCUUUUCAUCCAUAGAUAUGUCGGGAGGAAUAAAUAUAGCUUCAUUCAUGUAAACAAUCACUAAACUUUGUAUCCGUUAGAUUAAUUAGCAUUUAACUUUGAUUUACAACAAAGCAGCAACCAGGAUUUGGCGAAAUUAAUACAAUGUGCUACUCACUCGAUCUAUCUUUCUUUACUAGAUUUAUUGUUUAGGUUGUAUGUUUUUAAAGCAUGUCAAUUUAUUCAUAUUAAUUAUAAUAUAAAAUAUAAAAGAUGGU